AUGUGCAAGGGAAAGGUGGAAAAUGUGAGUUUUAUUGAAUAAAAAUAAAUACGAUAUUAGCAUUAUUCCAUUAAGCCAUAAAAUUACACAAAACGAGGAUUUUUUCAAUCAAUUUUGAAGAAAAAUCAUCAAUUUUACCUUAUUUCAGAGGUUUUUUGAUGACUUUUUGAAAAAACUACAGUUUAGUUUGCAAAUACUGCCGAUGUGUUGUUAAAAUACAGCUUAAAACUCGUUAUAUUAUUUGACGUUUUAGAAUAAGGAAGAUUUAAACUCGGAGAAUGUGAUCAAAUGGCUCAUGGAGCGCUAUAAUGCCAAAGUGGUGCCAGUGGAGAAGCGGCAUUCCUUUGAGCGAUUCCAUUCGCCUCCUUUGGCCGAGGCCGAGUUUGCGGCCAGCCCGGUGAUCAUGUUUUUGGGGCAGGUGAGUUUUGGGAAAAGCUUACGAAGACGAUUUUGAGUAUUGCUGUCGUCUAUGGGAAACAUUGUAGGCCAAAUUUGAUGACAUCAAAAUGUCAAAAAAUAUGACAAACAGUUUCAUAGACGGACAGAGACGGGAACCGUUGCUGUGAGCAAAAAAAGGACAAAAUUCCUUAUUCUGGCAACGACAAAGGUACUCUGCGAACUGCGCCCAAGCUUGGAGCCAAAGUUGGGAAAAAAGGCUUCGAUCUAGCAGGCACUGAAUUACUAUAGUAGCUCUAUAGUUUAAAAAUUGCCUACAAAGGCUAUGACGACUCAUUUAGUUUUACACGGAGGCAAUAAGUUUAGUUCCGGACUGGUUUCAUCGUAUAAAGUGUAAAAUCGCAGGCUGCAGCCGUUUUUGAAGGGCAAGGUGGUACGUAAAAAAGAAGGUACCUCACUAACUAGAUCCACUGUCCUGCCAUUGACAACGAUGAAUUCAGCCCGCACGCUAAAUUUGGGCUAAUUCUGACCAGUUUCCGCAAAGUUAUUAUUAUAUGAGUUGUGGCCAGAAUAAGGAACUUUUACCCAAAAGAAUGACAUUCCGUUCAUUCUCGAGAUGGGAAAAUGGAUGUGAUUUGUUCAAAACCUGUUAACAAAGUUACAUCUUUUUACAUUUACGUCAUCUUUCCAGUACUCCGUGGGAAAGACGUCGAUGAUUAAAUACCUCUGCAAUAAAGACUACCCUGGCGCUUCGAUUGGCCCGGAGCCAACUACUGACAGUUUCGUUGCUGUUCAUUAUGGCAAAGAGCCGCAUAUUGUCCAAGGCCUUACGUUGACCGAGGACAACCGAUUUCCGUUUCAGGUAAAUUUUAAAAUUUUUCCGAGUAUUUUUUUUCAAUUUUACUUCGUACUUUAGUCCCUAAAAAUUUUCGGCUCCGCAUUUUCCUCACGCCUUCAAGGAGCAGCUUUAAAUGCCCCAAUUUUGAAGCAUAUGAGCUUCCUGGAUACCCCGGGAAUCUUGUCUGGAGAAGAGCAAACAACAAAACGACAGUACGGUUUUAAUCAAGUGGUGCGGUUCCUCUGCGACAAGGUGGAUAUGGUCAUUUUGAUGUUUGAUACGACGAAAUUGGACAUCUCGGACGAAUUGAAACAAGUGAUCAAUUGUUUGAGAGGGAAUGAAGAGAAGGUAAUUGGGACUUUUUUCGGGUAAAAUACGAAUUUGCAGAUUUUUUCAGUGGAAAAAUAUUUUUUUUUUCAAAUUUUAAAUUUUUAUUUAUUUUUUUUUUAUUUUUUCUGAAUUUUAGCUUCGAAUUGUCCUAAACAAAGCGGACAUGGUCGAUGAGGCAUCGAUGAUUCGAGUUCGCGGAGCUUUAAUGUGGGGAUUGAGCAAAGUCAUCCAAACUCCGGAGGUCCCCAAAGUUUAUAUUGGCUCGUUUACGAGGGAAUUGAAGGAUGUAAGUUGACGGGAGUGUAAUGUUUUCUGAUAAAAAGAAUAUUUUUUCUGUUUACAGCCCUUUUUUCUUUGGCCAUUCCUCUUAAUAUUUUACUGUCUCUCCACUACGCAGAUUGUUGAAAAUCUCGGCUCACCUUGCAAAGUUCGGGCUACAAUUUUCUAAAAUUGCUGUUUGUCUUAUUUUAAAAAGAUCGGAAUUUAUUUUUUCCUGGAUUUUUUUUCGAAAAAUCAAAUUUUUUUUUUAUUUUUUUCAGAAAAGCAUCAUGAACACGUUCAAAGAAGACUACCUGGAGCUUUUUCACGAGAUUCAACUAACUGUCAGUCGAUGUACAAGUCGAAAAGUGAAUGAUCUGAUCAAAAGAAUCGAGUUGGUCAAGACUCAUGCCGGUCUGAUGACAAUUAUGAUGGGAGGCCGAUUUGUAAGCUACUGAUUACUUUUUUAAUCAUAAAUUUAUACGUCAAGUGUGCAAAAACAUGUCAGGAACUCUUUGAACUCGUAUUUUACUCUUCAAUCUUCAGUCAUUUUCCGACAAUGAGAAGGGAAUGCAGAAAAUGUUCGCCGCGGACCGAGUCAAACAAAAGUUUGCAGAAUUUCGAAUCAAACAGAGAAAAGCGCCCGCUGAUUUGCCUGAUGUGGAAGUAAGCUCCUUGUUUGGUUAUAAAAAAGAAUUUUUUUAGGACUAUCGAAAAGCGGCCCUAGAAACGACCAAGAAACAUUGGGUAAAAGAAGACCCGAAAUUGAUGAAAAACCUCAAUGAUUUCAUUGAAAACGACAUUCCAAAGUGAGUUUCAGGGCUAGUAGAGACUGAAUAUUGCUUCUAAUUUUUUAGGAGAGUAUUUGUUAGAAAAAAAUUAAAUGAAAAUUUAAAAAAGAAACUAUUUUUUGACAAAAAACUGGGUUUUUUUACGCUUUAAAACGUUUUUUAACAAAUUUUAUAGGGAAUUUACAAUCUAAAAUCCCGCGCUACAACAUGUUUGCCUUCUUGUUUAGUCAUCAAAAUCUGAAAUUUCCAAAUUUUUUGUGCUUUUUCAUUUGGCAGACUGCGCCCUAGAAAUUACCGAAAAAGACGCCUACAAGUUGCACCUCCAAACUUCAAACUGUCUAAUAGUUCAACUUCAGAGCACUAGCAGCGAUGAAAUACGACGAACUGCCAUCAGACUCCCUAAAAUCCUGUUUCCAAGACCUGGUGAAGGCUGUGAACGAAGCUCCGGUGCAUAUCCCAUCGCAAUUGUCAACCGAAUCAAGUGAAGAGAAAAUAAAGGACAAAAAGAAGGAUAGCAAGCCUAAAUCGAAUAAAAGUUCGAAGGUCCAAUCAGACGGAGAUCACAAGAAAAAGAAGAACAAAGAAAAGAAGAGGAUGAAGGCUAACGUAUGAGAUGAUAUUUGAUGGAUCUUGAGGCUUUCUUGCUCAGUUAAUAUUUAUUGAGUGUGAUAAAGAUUUUUAGAAGCAUUUUUGUCGAUUUUAUUGCGUAAUACCGGUCUGUCGGAAAAAAACGGCGGCUUGGGAUUUGGUGCGCGACAGCGGCGAGGCGAGACACUUCGCUGCGACGAUCCGCCGUUAUUUUCCCGAAAGAAUGAUAUUGACGUUUACCACGAUUUUUUCGGAAUCGUCAAUUUGGCAAAUUGCGGCCUAUGGUAGUCAAAAUGAAUUAUAAACAACUUGAAGAGGCCAAAGAAACUCUUUUACCGGUAUUGUUUGCCUCGGCUUUGGAUUAUGGUUGGUUUGUUUGCCCAUUCGUUGCGUGGAUCCGGUAGGACAUUCCCUGUAACAAAAGUGAUGCCGACUGGAUGACGUCUACAUUGUGGUCUGGAAAAAAUUUGAAAAUUCUACAAGAAUUUUUGGAAAUUUAAAAAUCGGAUUUUGAACAGUUCCCUUUUCAGUUGUUCAAUUUUAAUGUCACAAAAAGCACGACGGAUGUAUCAUGGAGUUUAAUUGUAAUGUUUGUCUUCUAGAUCAGAGAAUUCCAUCCAAAAAAUUGGUUGUGUUAUAAAAAUAUGAAAUAUUUGUGACCUAUGAUAGAUCUGGUACGUGUGCUUCGUCCACGAAAGCGUAGUUUAAUGCGUAAUUGAGUAAAUUAAAAAAAAACUUUUUCCGGAAUUAAGUCACCAUUUUUUUGAGACAGCAUCGCUAAAUUCCUCUUUUUGUGUGCCUUUAAUGUAUGUUUGAUCGGCUAUAAAUAGAGACUCUGCGGUCUUUCUUUUGAGGGAUUCAACUUGUUCGCCAUGAAGCCGGUUGUUACACUUGUGCUUCUGUCAGCUCUAACUCAAUGCGUUCUUAGCCAAGGCCGUUUUUACAAUUUCCCUGGGAGCAACAAUUACGGAGUUGUCAACGACUUUUACUGGGAUGGAUAUCAGUACCGCUCCAGAGGCAACAAUGGCGCGCAUGUCGACCGGAAUGGCGACUACUACAAUUACAAUGACAACUACAGGAGUAUCAACAAUAACUUUAACAACGUGAUUGACAGUUCCCAGUUGGACCAAAACAGGAACAGAAUGAACGGCUGCAGAGACGGUGGAACUGACUGUGCCAAGAGCAAACAUCUCUGUGAAGAUAAUGUAAGUGGAUAUUUUGUUGGCUCGGCAACUAUUUAUAUACCAAACAUGGAGAUUUAUUUUCACGUUUUUCGGAGCCCGAGUUACCCGGGUGCGAAAAUUUACCAACCCUAAACUUCGUAUUUUGCAGACAUACCGAAGCUUCAUGGCGGUCGAGUGCCCCUUGACGUGUGGAAAGUGUUAA